AUGGGUUCCUCCAAGAUCUUCUCGCUCGAAGGCAAAGGCCUUAAGCUCGACACAGCCGCAGACAUCGAGCCACAUAUCAAAGAGCUCGUCGACAACCAAGACGUCGAAGAAGUGCGCUUCCAGGGCAACACGCUCGGCGUAGAAGCUUCGGAAGCUCUGGCCAAAGUCCUAGACACGAAGAAGAAGCUCCAGACCGCCAACCUCGCCGACAUCUUCACCUCCCGCCUCCUCUCCGAGAUCCCACCUGCCCUCGAUGCCCUGCUAAAGGCCCUCCUCGCUCUCCCCUCUCUGCACACCAUCAACCUCUCCGACAACGCCUUCGGCCUCAACACUCAGGCGCCCCUCGUCUCCUUCCUUGCCGCCCACGUGCCCUUGCGGCAUCUCAUCCUCAACAACAAUGGGCUAGGUCCCGCAGCCGGCACUUUAAUCGCUAACGCGCUGAGUGAGCUCGCGGAGAAGAAAGCCGCGGCGCGGAAAGAAGGCGGCGGUGACGACAGCAACGAUGUUCCGGAUCUGGAGACCGUGAUCUGUGGAAGGAACAGGCUUGAGAACGGCAGCAUGGCCGCCUGGGCGAAGGCGUUUGCGGCGCACACGGGCGUCAGGGAGGUCAAGAUGGUGCAGAAUGGCAUCCGGCAGGAGGGCAUCACGUUACUGCUUAAAAAGGGCCUGCGGCAUGCGGCUGGACUGAGAACGCUUGAUCUGCAGGAUAACACCUUCACGGCGAUGGGCGCACGGGCGUUGUCUGACGUGGUGGGGGGCUGGACAGAGCUGGUGGAGCUGGGGGUUGGAGAUUCAUUGCUGAGUGCCAGGGGAGGUGUGAUGCUUGCGACGGCGCUGGCGGAAGGAAAGAAUGGGAAGCUAGAAGUGUUGAGGUUGCAGUUCAAUGAUAUUGAUGCGAAGGGCGUCAAGGGAGUGGCGGAUGCGUUGGAGAAGAUGCCGAAGCUUAGGAGGGUGGAACUCAAUGGGAACAAGUUCAGUGAAGAGGAUGUGGCUGUUGAUCGCCUGAGAGAAGCCUUGUCUGAGAGAAAGGAGAAAGUCGCGAAGGAGGUGGACGAUACAGAUGACGACUACUGGGGUCUCGACGAGCUGGAUGAGCUGGAAGAGGAGGAUGAGGAAGAGGAGGAAGAUGUGGCUGAUGAGGAGGAGAGAGAAGAAGAGGAAGAUGUCGACGCCGACAAGAAGGCAGAAAAGGAGCUCGAGAGGGUAGAGCAGGCAGAGGACGAGAAAGUGGCGCAGAAGGACGACAAAGAAGUGGAUCAGCUAGCGGAUUUGCUGGGCAAGACGGAGCUCAAAUAG